ACCUCGCGUCGCGUCGUGCCCUGCACUCCUCCCGCCGCCGCCUCCGCCUGCCUCGGAAGUCACGCCCCUCCCGCCGCAGCGGCAGAGAGAGAGAGAGAGAGAUGGGCUUCCUGUCCUUCGCCGGGAGGGUCCUCUUCGCCGCCGCCUUCCUCCUCUCCGCCUACCAAGAGUUUAGUGAAUUUGGAGUUGAUGGUGGGCCGGCCGCAAAAGCUCUCCAGCCGAAGUUCAACACUAUUGUUGCAAAUAUUUCUACCCGUACUGGAUUAGUGGUGCCUCAUAUUGAAUUAAAGCAUAUUGUUGCUGCAAUGAUUUCUUUGAAGGGUCUUGGAGGUCUCCUCUUUAUCCUCAGCAGUUCAUUGGGUGCUUAUCUCUUGUUGUUUCACCUUGCUUUUAUUACACCUGUUGUCCACGACUUCUACAACUAUGACAUUGAGAGUGCAGAGUUUGUACAGCUCUUCACCAAGUUUGCACAGAAUUGCGCACUUGUUGGGGCGCUCCUCUUCUUCCUUGCCAUGAAGAACUCCAUCCCUAAGAGGCAGCCCAACAGGAAGAAGGCCCCUAAACCAAAGUCGACCUAAAGAUUCUGAACGUCUGAAGCUACAUUGUUUGCCUAAUUGCUGGUGCCAGGGGAUGGCUCUCAUCUGGGAGAAACUCCACAGCUAGCAUUUGAGGAUAUGGCAUUUGUGCUUGUGCAUGCUUUAAUUCUGAAAGCAUCCCUUGAUCCUGACCCAUUUUUACCGGAUUUUUUUUAAGGGCGCCUCCCUGAUUACAUUCUAAUGUCUGAUUAGACGACCAGAUUGUACCAACAUGUACUCCCUUUUGGUUCUUGAUUCAGUUUCUUAGGAAGCAAUCGUUAUUUAUGUACACUCCAUUAAUUUGCUGGGAAACAUCAUCUUCUUGGCACAAUCUUUCUGUGUGCUUUGUGUCAUGUUUAGAGUUAUAUUGACGGCCUGGUGCCAAAUGGCACAUUCAGCAUGCAAUUCAAAGCUAUGAAUCUCA